CGUUUUCCUAGGCAAGACAAGACGCAACCAUGGGUUCUAACAGUAACAACAACAAGCUCAUUCUUUAUACCAACCACACAUGUACAUGGGCAAAUCGAGCCAAUGUGGCCCUCACAGAGCUGGGCGUUCCCUUUGAGGAGCGCAUAAUCAACGUGGAUGGCCCUCGCCCAGCCGAGUUCCUCAAGCUAAAUCCCCGCGGCCUCGUGCCCGUCCUCAUUUUCAACGACCAGGUCAUCAUCGAGUCCACCAUCGUCUGCCAGUUUCUAGCCGACAUCUACCCGUCCCAUCUCUGUCCGCCUCCGACCUCCACAGAGGGCGCACUGCGCCGUGCCGCCAUGUCCUUCUUCAUCGACGCCUACUGGACCAAGUUCCAUACCGUGCUCUUCAGGCUCUUCGAGGCGCCGACAGAGCAGGAUGAGGAAAAGGUCAUCGACGACGCCGUUCGGGGUCUGGUCAGCGAGGUCGAGCCGCUGCUGGCGGACGCCGCGCCUUUCUGGGGCGGGAGUGACAAGUUGACGCUGGCCGAGGUGAUUACGGGCCCCUUUGUCAUCCGUGCCGUGAUCUUGUCUAAGCAUGGGGUCUAUCCUGCGAGUCUGAACAGACGGGCCCAAGAGGAGGCGCCGCGGUUCUUCAAGUGGGCAAGUGCAGUGUCUCGGCAUCCGAGCAUUACCUCGAUUUUCGAUGAGGAAGUUAUUAUUGCACGGUCUGUGGCCAAAAGGGCGCGCAUGCGGAAGGCUGCUGGAUUGGCUUGAUAAAUGAUAAAGUAGUGAUGAAUGUUUAGAUAUUCAGUCUCAGAUAUACGUGGCGAACAUAAUUAGUACUUUGGUUAGUCAGAAGACGACAAGUCGAGACAGAAGGGGAAAUGAAUGACCCUUUGGAAAAAGAAGGAAAAGGUAGAGAAGAGAACAAAUUCAAUAAGCACCUCAAUU